AUGUCAGCAGUCAACACGGUGCUGGGCCCGGUGGAUUCCGCCGAUCUUGGGUUCACCCUGAGCCACGAGCACAUAACGCUGGGAGCCGCUGGCGCCGCGGCCACCUAUCCCGGUUUCCAGGAUCUGCAGGCCAUCGCCGACGCCGCCACCGCUGCACUUACCGAAGCCUACGCGGGCGGCGUCCGAACCAUCAUCGACGUUACAACCCUGGACCUGGGGCGCGAUGUUGCCGUGAUGCAGGACGUCAGCCGCCGGUCGGGUGUCCAUGUCAUCGGAUGCACCGGUAACCAUCUGGCCGUACCCCGCAUCUUUUGGGGCGCUCCCGUUGACAGUGUCGCCGCCCUGUUCAUCAAGGAAAUCGAGCAGGGCAUCGAAGACACCGGCGUGAAGGCCGGCAUCAUCAAAGUCGCCAGCGACCGUGGCGGCGUUACCGAAAACGAGGAAAUAGUGUUGCGCGCCGCUGCCCGGGCCUGCAACGCCACCGGCGCUCGCAUCAGCACCCACACCUGGUCCCCCGACCGCGUGGGUGAGCAGCAGGUGCGCAUCCUCAAAGAGGAAGGCGUAGACCUGAACCUGGUAUACAUUGGCCACAGCAACGACGACACCGACGUCGGCUACCUGACAGGUUUGCUCGAUGAGGGUGUUUGGCUGGGUCUGGAUCGUUAUCCCGGUGGCCGCACUCCGGAGACCCCCCGUUGGGAAUCGCGCACCGAGGUCGUCAAACAGCUCAUCGACGCGGGUUGGGCUCACCGGUUGAUGCUCUCCCACGACCAUUCCACCCCGGUGGUUCAACCGUCCGAGGAACUGCGGCGCGAGCGGGAGGCGUUCAAUCCCGACGGCUACCUGUUCAUCACGCGCAACGUACUGCCUCGCCUGCUGGAGUUGGGCGCAACCCAGGCCGACGUGGACGCCAUUAUGGUGGACAACCCACGCAACUUCUUUACGGAUUAA